ACCGCUGGAUUGUGCAUAUUUUAAUUGUAUAACGUGCUCAUUUCAUGUUCAUAUUCCAUUUUUUCUAAUUAUUUAAGGUCAUCAUUAGCGAGAAAGCAAUGUCCAACAUAUCAAAGAGGAGGCGGGAAGGGUCGCGGUCCAAGAUCAAGAGUAUGGGAGACCACAAAGAGUUUCUGAACCGCAUCACAAAAACUCUCUACUAUGGUGAACUGCCCUCGCUACCGUGUCUGAGUCUCCCCGUCACUGAGGUAUCCUGCGCGCUGUGGUCCGCUGCCCAGCAGGGUCGCUCGCUGCGGCGUCUGCACGUGAACGAGACCGCUCGGUUCGCGUACUACGCUGGCGUCUCGCCGUGCGCGCUUGUAUUAGCUCUGGUGUACUUGGAGCGGCUGCGACACCGCAACCCUGAGUACGUCGCGGCCGCAGCGCCGUCUGACCUCUUCCUCGCGUCGCCCGCGUGCCGCUUGCACAUGGUUGGAAACAAAUUCCUUCAAGACGACGGUGUGGACGCGGAAACUCGAGUGUCUGAGUGGGCGGCCGCGGCCGGGAUCGAACCCGCGGACCUCAAGCGGCUCGAGAUAGACUUCCUGGAUGCUAUUGAAUGGAACGUAUACGUAAACGACGAGAGCUUCGAAUCGGGGCUGUCCUGGCUGGAGAGCCAAGUGGCGCUCAAGCAGGCGAAGGAACGAGGGUUCUUCACAUACAGCGACUUGGCGGCCGCCGGCGGAGACGCCGGCGCAGCAGUAGCGGGUCGCCUGGCCGCCGCCGUCGCCCUGGCGUACGUGGCCGCGCUCGGCGCCCUCGUCGCCUCCGCGCUGCUCGUCUCCUACACCCUGCCGCUGCUGCACCUCACGCACACCGCCCUGCUGGCCGCUACACAGCCGCCCUGCGCACGCACACACGCGCACCCGCCGAGCCCGCCGCACGAGCCGACCUUCAACACUACCGUCGAGUUCUCCGCCCCGCCGCGCUGCUGCACGGAUUGGCUCAACUACCACGCCACUCUCGACUCCCCACCCGCAUACCCGAUGGACUACCGGCCCUGGUUCGACAUCGAGACUGACUUCACCUGGUACCGCAGCUCCCUAGUAGAUCCCCUUCAGAGAUGGCUCGAGAGACUCGACGAGUACGCCGAUGAGUAUAUCUUUAAGUCUAAGCCCGAGCCGCGGUGCGUGCGCCAGUGGCUGAAUCUUAGCAGAUUAGGUGGCCUAGCCGUCGUGUCGGACCGGUAAUGUAGUACUUAAAACUCGGUUAUGAGAAACUCUACUCUUUUUGGUUUGCCAAUACGUCCUUUCGAAUGAGCCAUCGACAAAAAUAUCACUUACAUGUACCUUACUCAUGUCAAUACUUGAUAUUGAGACCUUCAUAAUUUAAGGCGUUUUUAGCAUCCAAUCGGGGAACCACGUGUUUCUACAUAUAACUGGGAAAAAUAAUAAAUCGCUCACGCUUGUCUUUUCUUUGCAUUAUUUAUAAGUAAUCGCUCAAUAGGAUUUGAUUGUUGAACAAAGCAAUAAUUGUUUCUUGUUUAAUUUUGUUUGUACGUGAGCCUCCUUUUACGUUUGACGUGGAGCCAUUGUAAAAACACUUGUUGGGUCGACCUCAGCCUGUUUAAUUUUGGUGCCCUGUUACAUACAUAUUGUAUGGAUUCUUUAAAUGGUUGACACUGAAAGUCUAUGAGAAUAUUACAAAAUAUAUGACAACUCAUGUGAAUUGAUCUAGCACGGAUUUGAUAGAAGUAGGUAUUUUGUACAGAAUGUAUUAGCUGCCCCUUCCUAAUAAUUUGGACUGUCGCCAUCACUUAUAUCGGAGCGGUCAAGGUGCUCACAAAUAUUUGAACACGCCUCUAUUGUCAAGAUUGUUAAGGCGUGUUCACGUUCAGAUAUUUUUGCGAUUCGACAACACUAGUCUGCCGAGUGUUACCAAACAUGCAAAAUUCAUCAUAGGUACCUACUCCUUGCGAUCAUUUACAAAAUAAAUAGGUACCUACAGUACCUAAUUUAUAACUGCAAACAAGUGCGGAUCCAGCUUCGUGCCGGGGGGGGGGGAGGUCAUGACUCCCAUGUCCCCCUGGAUCCGCGCAUGACUGCAAAGUGAUCUUAAAACUGUCCAUUGCAUUAGUUACCAAAUUUCACCAAAUUGUAUGGAAUAUUUUGUAAGAGUUUUGAGAUAGUUCGUGAUUGUAGAUAAUCUUGACAAAUUGUAAAUAACGUAAUAUUUUUGUAUGUCGUCAUUGGUGGUGUUACUGCAAACUAAAAAAUAAACUACUUCUGCAUUA